AUGGCGAUAUGGCCCUUUGGUCGCAAGAGCAAGCGGCACACCAUUCAGGUGACCGGUGCCGAAGCUACUGACCUCCAGUCAUCCUUGGCAAACGCUGAAAUCGCGAAAGAGCCCACCUUGGGCCGCAGGUCUUCUAAACGUCAAAUCCUCCGCACACGUACCGAUAUUGGAGAUAGCCGACGUAGUCCAACCCUGUCUUCAAAUCGAACCAACCGUCCUGCUUCGCUCGCCGAUCACUCAGUGAACCAGCCUCGCGAGCAUUCAAUUUCGAGACCGGGGUCGUUACUGAGGCGGAAAACAAGCCAAAAUGGCCCAAACAAACUACGACGGAGGUUGAGCAAGCGCAAGGCCAACGAGAUCAUGCGUGAACGGGAAAUCCGUAUGCUCUCGUCUACCCCCAUCGAUAUCCCUCGUUCCACUGCAGGCAGCGGGGAUUAUGCCAUGGAAAGCCGCCGCCGGAAGGCGAGUGGGAGACGUGCCGACCGGUAUAUGUCUGACAUCAGCCUGUCCAUCCGGGAGUCCGCUGCUUCUUCCAAGUCUGACGUCUCAGACCCAUACACUUAUAAAGUCAAUGCGUUUGCCGCCUUGACCCCGCGUCCUGCCGUUCGUUAUGUGGAAGCACCUCGCCUGCAGACUGCAAGGAGCAACAACCCGCCCCCUUCGAGUCGACAUGACAGAGAGAGGCUUCCGGCCUUGACCAUCUCAGAGGAAGAUCUCUAUUACUCCAAGCGAAGGGUAAAUGAAUUGGCGGAUUCGUUAGAUGCUGCGGCUCUGAGGGAGUUGCUGGAUCGAGACCGUCGCCGCAGGGAGAAAAAGCAGAUCGACGAGCAGGAACGACUUCGGCGUAAGCUGCAAGAGAGGGCGGAUGUUCAGCAGGCAGAGGAAGAACGAAAAUCUCAAGCUGCCACAGAGCCCGAGCUCAAGCCCGAGCCUGAGCUCGAAGUCGCUCAACCGGAGCCUUCCAUUGCUGAGGUCGCUGAACCAGACGAGGUCCACCAGAACGAAGACAUUGUCCUCUCACAAGUUGAAGAAUCGAUGCCCACUGUGCCGGAAAACGAAUCGUGGCUGCAGGGAGGCUCCAAGGAUUGUGAGAACAUUGGACGCGAAUCACUGGAAAGCUCUCGUGUCGUCAGAAGCAUCGAUGAGAUUUCACUCCGUGAGCGGAGAUUAAACCAACGUCCUAGCUUCGCCCCAUCAAACGACGUCACUAUGUCCCGAACCACACUCUCUCCAUCCCAUUCAUCCCUCCGACAUGGCAUGCAUAGCCCGACCCAUUCACAAACUUUUGGACCCGGCUCCACAUCGGACAUCUCCAGAGGAGUCGAGUCAGAACGCCGCCUUUCCGACUCUAGCAGUCGCCGGGGAAAUACUAUCACAUCUCUAUUCCGACGUGGUUCUUCUCGCCUCAAGCGGACGUACAAGGAGAGAUUCCAGGACCACAACUCGGAGAUUUCGAACGCCUCGCAUGAAUCUUUCUACAAAAUCCAGACGCAGUCAUCACCCCCUCCACCGUCGGUCAUCCCACCGAGGAUCCGAAUGCCCUCGGUCAAUCUGACGCGCUCCCAAUCUAAAUUCACUGAACAUUUCGGCGAUGAGCCAUUGUCGCCUCCUGAUUCCCGUCUACAGUCACCAGAUAUCCCGGAAGAACUUCCGGAAUCUUCUCUUGAGAAGCAUGAGACCUUUGUGCCAGUACCAACACCGAGUCCGUGCAUGGAUAUCAAAAAUCCGAAUAGAAGUCACCAUCGGUCAUGGGGUUCCGACAGUAUUGACACAGAAGCCGACAACGUGCCGCUUUCACAAUCUCUGGCCUCGAUUGAUUCCGAGGGAUCUUGGAUGUCAGGCCAGUAUUUCCGCCGCAUGUCACAGAAGCCCAGCAGCCCUGUUCGAUCGAACCUGAAUUCAUUUGGCCGAGACUCGGUGGACACCUCGGCCGAUCAUCCAGAAGAGAUGGAGCGACUUGAUGAGCCUCGCCGUCCGAGCAGCACUGUCCUCGAUGAGCCCGAGCUUGAAAUGGAAACCGCCGACAGCUCUGUCAGCAAAAGCGCCGAAAGAUGGCACCAUGAAGUCGGUCGCCGCCCAGUCCUGGUCAACCCGACUGUCCGCCCGAAGUCAACACAAGUAAUGCUCCGAGGAUUUUCCUCCCUGGCUCCCAUCUCUGCCGAGGAGGAUUAUAUCAUGGAGGAGACAACUCCCUCGGUACUGCACCGUAUCCCCAGCGCGCGAGCUGAGAUUGGUUAUGCUGAAUAG